AUGGACAAACUUCCACUAAACCUCCUGGGAAGGAUCAUUAAGGACGCCGCAAUUGAUCGCCUGACAACUAGGGGAGAAAUCAAGAAGUGUAUCGCACCAUACGCAUCCGUAUCUAACAGAUUCAGGCAAGUAGUUGAACGGACUACGUUUCGCGAAAUAGCUUUUGUUCGAGAAGACAUCGCCGCAAUCUCUUUCAUUCUCAAUCGGUAUGAGAGAUGGCUAUGUGUUAGAACUGUGAAGUUCGUGGUUCUUCUACCCCAGUACGAAGACCGUUUAGAUCAAUUGGAGACCCCUCAAGAGACUGCCAAAAAUUCACAGAUUUACGCCCUACAUAUUGCUUUAUUAGUCGACCUUCUUUCACAAUAUCCUGCCUGUAACGCAUUGGCAUACAGCAGAGCGGCAUCAAUCAAGUUGAAUAUUCAUGUUUAUUCACCCACGGAUUGGUAUGUCAGGGAAUACAGUGAUGACAUAUACGACAGGGGAUUCGAAGCAAUGAAUGAUCAUCGCUUUACACAGGUCUGGAGACACCAUCGUUCCGUAAUGCGCCAUGUCGGCUACCUCCCCCUUCAGUCACUUCAACAUGUGCCUAUUGAAAAAAUUGGGUUCCCCGGCCAUCCGGUAAUAAGACACAAGGACGCCAAUUUCCUCACCGAAAUGAUCUCAGUCAUGAAUCUAGGUAGACUCAACAGCAUCCAGUGGGGAUUUGGAGACGUGGAUAAGAAUGACGUUCCGCGUAGAUGUGCACGUCGUCGUGACCUCGCCGAUGCUAUUGACUCCCUUCCCGAGUUAAGUGAAUUUAACCUCACUUAUUCAUACGUCGCUCCGUAUAAUCAUGACUAUCAACCUCCUAUUCUCUGUCACCCAAACGAAUCCGAUGCAGUGUCUUGCUCAAUUAGAAGGCUCAGCCAGAGAACGAAGAAUGUAACCAUCACUGGCAUCCUAGCAUCAACAGAAAUCUUUUGGCCCAAGGCAGGUUUGAGAGAUGGAUUGGAACCGAAGCCAUCCUGGGAAUCACUCGAGAGAUUGAAUAUCUUAUUUCAUCCCAUAACUCCUGAAGGAAAUUGGUUGUUUGAACGCGACUAUGAUAUUCCUAUUUUCGACAUCCCAUACGUGGACUUGCGUCCACUGCCAGUUGAGAUUCGCGCAGAGGAAGAUGCUGAAUGGAACCAAUGGCGAUACGCGCCAAUCCAGAGGCGAAUGGACGAUUUGUACCAAGCUGUCGGAAGAGCUGUGGCAAAUAUGCCGAAAUUACGAUGCAUGCAUCUCGAGUUCAUCCACCACUUAGAGCCUCUCACAACAAGAGCAGCAGAACCUGUUGAGCAUCUUUUUACCUUCGAAGUCUUCGAAGAUAGGAAAGCUAAAGCUCUUUGGUAUAGCAAGCCCCAAUACGAGCCGAGCGACAUCGUCAAGAAAGUCUGGAUGAACUCAGCCUACGAGCUUUGCGUGGAUCUACAGAUUCAAGUCAUAAGCAAAUCAACCUACGAUGAUUACAACUGGGAUGACGAUGGGGAGGGAGAAGAAGACGACCUCGACGACGACUCUAGGGUUGUGAUAGUGAUCCGUUAA